CGUUACUUCCCUGAUGGCCUUUUGUGGGUCGGUAUUCUGCAAAAAGGCAUAUUCUGCAGAUGGCUGCUGACCACUGGGAUCCCGGGGGGCUACCACCCCCCAAGUGCCCCAGUUCUCCGUCGGCGCCCGCCUGGGAAGCCACCAGUGCCGAAACCCGCCACGCCGGUGACUGGCCCUAGAGACUCGUGCGCGGGAAAGUGAAGGGCACGCUUCAGCUGAUGUUUCUUUGUUUUGAAGUCAUGGUUCCUGUUAAAGGUCUCCUUCCCGGCGUUUCGGAGCAGCAGGGAGCCGUGCCCCUCCCCGCAGCGCCGGCCCCGCGCCGCCCCCCGCAAACGAAACCGAAAGCGGCGGCGGGGCAGGGAUAAAGCGGGGCAGGCGGGGGACGGAGCAGGACGGGACCCGACCCGACCCGGCACGGGCUUCUCGCUGCCACCCAGCCGACCCCCGCCUCCGGAGCCCCUCGCCGCCCUGCGGGACACCCCGCCGUGCCCUCCGCCGGCGCAGCCAUGGCAGAGGCGUCCCGAGACGAGCGCUUCCUCUACAUGAUCUCGUGCUUCAGGCCGCGGCUGAAGCAGUUCAUCCGGGUGCAGCCGGUGUUGGACCGGCUGCCCUCGCUGAGCGCCGCGGACAGGGAGAGGGUGCGGGCGGUGGCCCUGCAGCAGGGCGAGGUGGAGGGGGCAGAGGAGCUGCUGCGGGCCGUGGAGCGGGGACCCCGCGGGUGCGGCUGGUUCCACGAGUUCUUGCAGGCACUGGAGCACGGCGGCUGCAGCCUGGCCGCCUGCUACGUGAACCCCAGCCUCAGCCAGCUGCCCUCGCCGGCCGAGGAGGCCGACCACGACCUCUGCGUGCACUUGGUGCAGCUGCUCCACAGCACGCUGGUGGACAGAAUGCAGACCAUGCAGGUGGCCGAGAAGUGCCUGCAGAUGGGCAUCUUCCAGGACGAGGACCUGGAUCGGAUCCACACUGUUACUGACAAUCGUGGGUACAGAGAUGGUGCAAGGGAGCUGUUGAGCAGAAUAGUGCAGAAGAAAGAUUGGUUCUCUCCUUUUUUGAUCGCUCUGCGUGAAACCCAACACGGAGGCCUUGCAGAUGAUUUAAGUGGAAAUACAGGAGGAACAGAGAAUAGACAGAAUGGGGUGGAGGACAAUACAAACAAAGAAACAGAAGUUACAAGCCAACCAGAAUAUGCUGUAAUGAAGGAUUUGAAACAGCAAGAAAAUUUGAAUAGUAGUUCCAGCAGUGAGAACAGUAUAUUGGAAACAUCUAUUGGAAAGAAUUCUGUAGUUUCAGAGUCAGAUGUCUCCAUCGGAGAUGAAAGUGUCAGUAACUUGAAUGAAAACCUGGGACAGAGCUGCACAACCAGUCAUUCAGAUGAAGAUGAAAUGGAGAGCAGAGCUUCACCUGAGCCUGAUCUGAUCCUGAGAGAUUACCAGAUGGAGGUUGCAAGGCCAGCACUGAAUGGGGAGAAUAUUAUAAUAUGCCUCCCUACAGGCAGUGGUAAAACCAGAGUGGCUGUUUACAUUACCAAAGAUCACUUGGAUAAGAAGAAAAGAGCAUCAGAGCCUGGAAAAGUUAUAGUACUUGUUAAUAAGGUACCGUUGGUAGAACAGCAUUUACGAAAGGAAUUUAAUCCAUUCCUGAAGCGUUGGUAUCAAGUUACUGGUUUAAGUGGUGAUUCUCAGCUGAAAAUCUCAUUUCCUGAAGUUGUCAGAAGAAAUGAUGUCAUCAUCAGUACAGCACAGAUCCUUGAGAAUUCACUGUUAAAUGCAGCCGAAGAAGAUGAAGAAGGUGUCCACUUAUCAGACUUUUCACUCAUCAUUAUUGAUGAGUGUCAUCACACUCAAAAGGAAGGUGUCUACAACAAUAUAAUGCGACGUUACCUAAAAGAAAAGAUGAAGAACAGGAAGCUGGCAAAAGAAAACAAACCACUGAUCCCACAGCCUCAGAUUCUGGGACUUACAGCCUCACCUGGUGUGGGAGGUGCAACAUCCUACUCAAAAGCUGAAGAACAUAUUCUGAAAAUCUGUGCCAAUCUGGAUGCAUAUAGGAUCAUGACUGUCGAAGAGCACGCCUCCCAACUGAAGAAUCAAGUGAAGGAACCAUAUAAGAAGACUGUGAUCGCAGAUGACAAAAGAAGGGAUCCAUUUAGAGAAAGAAUUACUGAGAUCAUGACAGACAUUCAAAACUAUUGCCAGCUCCAUCCAAAAUCUGAGUUUGGAACUCAGCCAUAUGAACAGUGGGUGAUCAGAGAAGAGAGAAGAGCUGCAAAAGAAGAAAAACGCAAGGAACGUGUCUGUGCAGAACACUUGAAGAAAUACAAUGAUGCUCUCCAGAUAAAUGACACCAUCCGAAUGGUGGAUGCGUACAAUCACCUAAAUAACUUUUAUAAGGAGGAGAAAAGUAAGAAGACCGUAAGGAGCGAUGAUGAUGAUGAUGAUGAACCAGCAGUAUCAAAACAGGAUGAAACAGAUGAAUUUCUAAUAGGUUUAUUUCAUGCAAAAAAGAAACAGCUGAAAGAAUUGGCUAGAAAGCCAGAAUAUGAAAAUCAGAAGCUAAUACAGUUGCGAAACACUUUAAUGGAAGAGUUUACGAAGACAGAGGAACCUAGAGGAAUUAUUUUCACAAAGACUCGGCUAAGUGCCUUUGCUCUAUUCCAGUGGAUUAAGGAUAACCCAAAAUUUGAAGAAGUGGGAAUUAAGGCCCAUUAUCUUAUUGGUGCUGGACAUAACAGUGAAAUUAAACCCAUGACUCAGAAUGAGCAAAGGGAAGUUAUUGAUAAAUUCCGAGGUGGGAAUAUAAAUUUACUUAUUGCUACUACUGUAGCUGAGGAAGGCCUGGACAUCAAAGAGUGUAACAUCGUUAUUCGCUAUGGCCACGUCACCAAUGAAAUUGCUAUGGUGCAGGCUCGCGGUCGAGCUCGAGCUGAUGAGAGCACCUAUGCACUUGUGGCUUCGAGUGGCUCAGGAGCUAUUGAACGUGAAGAUGUUAAUAUUUUCCGUGAGAAAAUGAUGUAUAAGGCCAUUCAGCGUGUCCAGAACAUGCCACAGGAAGAGUAUUUAAAUAAGAUUCAGAAUUUCCAGUUGCAAAGUAUAAUGGAAAAACAAAUGAAGGCAAAGAGAGACCAGCGCAAGACAUACAAGAAAAAUCCUUCACUAAUAACAUUCCUAUGCAAAAAUUGCCACAAGCUGGUAUGUUCUGGAGAAGAUAUACAAGUUAUUGAAAACAUGCAUCAUGUCAGUGUGAAAAAAGAUUUCCAAAGUCUUUACCAUACAAGAGAAAAUAAGACACUGCAAGAUAAGCAUGCUGAUUACCAGACAAAUGGGGAAAUUAUAUGCAAAGAUUGUGGACAAGCUUGGGGAAAUAUGAUGGUUCACCGAGGCCUUGACCUGCCUUGUGUAAAGAUUAGAAACUUUGUGGUUGUGUUUGAAGACAAGAAAACAAUAAAGCAAAUUUUUAAGAAAUGGGGAGAACUGCCCGUCACGUUCCCUAGUUUUGAUUAUGCAGCUCAUUGUCCUUCAAGUGAUGAAGAUUAAGGACUCAGAAUGAAACUAAAAGCCCUUUUCAGGUUUUCUCUGACUGCUGAUUAGAAGCUCCUGUGGACCAUAGAGUGUGCUGCAUCAUAAACACUGUGGAAUCUCCUGGGCAUGAGGAAAUUGUUUCAAAGAAGAAAAAAUCCAAGGAAGGAGAAAAACAAAGUUACGUGGCUGCUGUCUGCACUCAGAUUUGCAGUGGUACUCUGGGACAAAGACGAUGACCAAAUACAUUGCAGUCAUGUGUAUAUCCAUGGAACAAAUUCCCAUCUCUACUCACUGCACUCCGUUAUGGGGUGACAACACUGUCAGAAGUGUGUUAGGUGACCUGUCGUCAAGCACAGAACAUAGGACAGACAUCUUGAGACUUGCCAUGGCAAUUAUUUUCUGGUUUUCUUCCUGCUACAACCCUUUUGAAGAUGAAGUGUCUCAAAAGUGGAGCCAUGUGAAGAGAACAAAUCAGCUGAGUGUUAUUUUUGAAUCAUUGUUGCUUCAUCAGUGUUUUCAUGACUGAGUUCUUCCCCUCUUAUCUUUAGCUGUAAAGUUCACACAUUCUGACAGACUAAAAUUGAGUUUCCAUUAAAAUACAUUUCAAAAUAUCAAGCCCUUAAACUGGCUUGAAAUUGAUUAUUUUAAUGUCCAAGAAGCACAAUGCCAAGUGUCUUUCUGCAUGUUCAUUUCAUAGGAUUGUUAAACUGGCUAUAUAAUGAGGUAUGUGUUAUUUUUCAAUAAAUUGCUAUAAUGAUUAACCUUU